AUGAUCCUUAACUCCUCUACUGAAGAUGGAAUUAAAAGAAUCCAAGAUGACUGCCCCAAGGCUGGCAGGCACAAUUACAUAUUUGUCAUGAUCCCUACCCUCUACAGCAUCAUCUUUGUGGUGGGAAUAUUUGGAAACAGCUUGGUGGUGAUUGUCAUUUACUUUUACAUGAAGCUAAAGACUGUGGCCAGUGUUUUUCUUCUGAAUCUUGCCCUGGCUGAUUUAUGCUUUUUGUUGACUUUGCCACUGUGGGCAGUCUAUACCGCUAUGGAAUACCGGUGGCCCUUCGGCAACCACCUAUGUAAGAUCGCUUCUGCCAGCGUCAGUUUCAAUCUCUAUGCCAGUGUGUUCCUGCUCACGUGUCUCAGCAUCGAUCGCUACCUGGCCAUUGUCCACCCAAUGAAGUCUCGCCUCCGCCGCACGAUGCUGGUGGCCAAAGUCACCUGCAUCAUCAUCUGGCUAAUGGCUGGCUUGGCCAGUUUGCCAGCCGUCAUCUACCGAAACGUAUAUUUCAUCGAGAACACCAAUAUCACAGUUUGUGCUUUUCAUUAUGAAUCUCAGAACUCAACACUCCCCAUCGGACUGGGUCUAACAAAGAACAUUCUGGGCUUUGUGUUCCCUUUCCUUAUCAUUCUCACUAGCUAUACUCUUAUUUGGAAAGCCCUAAAGAAGGCUUAUAAAAUUCAGAAGAACACGCCAAGAAAUGAUGACAUCUUUAGGAUAAUUAUGGCGAUUGUGCUUUUCUUCUUCUUUUCCUGGGUUCCCCACCAAAUAUUCACUUUUCUGGAUGUGCUCAUUCAGCUGGGCGUUAUCCGUGACUGUGAAAUUGCUGACAUUGUGGAUACCGCUAUGCCCAUCACCAUCUGCAUAGCUUAUUUUAACAAUUGCCUGAAUCCUCUGUUUUAUGGCUUUCUGGGGAAAAAAUUUAAAAAAUAUUUCCUCCAGCUUCUGAAAUACAUUCCCCCAACGGCCAAGUCACACGCAGGCUUGUCAACAAAAAUGAGCACUCUUUCCUACCGCCCUUCAGAUAACAUGAGUUCAUCUGCCAAAAAGUCUGCAUCUUUUUUUGAAGUGGAGUGA